UUUUUCUUUUUCUUUUUUUUCUUUUUUUCUAAAUACAAUGGCUUCUUAUUCUCGAUCCCCUUCACCAAGAAAACGAUCUCCUUCUUAUAGACGACGUUCACCUUCUCCUAGAAGAGAGUCUUAUUCUAGAAGACGCUCUUUAGAUAGACGAUCAGAUCAUAAACGACAUGAUUCGCCUUCUCCAAAAAGGUAUCGUUCAAGCGAUAGACGUCGUUCUCCCGACAGAUACAAAACAACUGAAAUAGACAACAUUCAGAUUCGACCUGAAGAAAGUUACUCUGAAUUUCGCACAAGAGUCAGGAUUGAAUCCAACAAGACCAUCUGGGCACCUUCUCCUGAACGUGCUCGUUCUUUAACACCUGAAGAUACACUUCGAUUAAAAAAGCAUCGAGACACAGACAAUGAGGAUACAGAUGCAUCGUCAUCAUCAUCAUCAGAAGAACACCGUCGACGUCGUCAUCGUCAUAAACACAAAAAGAGCAGCAGCAGCAGUAAACAUAAAAAGAGUAGUCGAAAGAAGAAUAAAAAGAAGAGACAUUAUUCUGAUGAUGACGAAAGUGAUUCUUCAAAAGAAAAAGUCAAAGUCAAUCAAUCUCAUUUAGAUACAUUACAAGAUCUGUGGGUAGAGAAGAAGGUGCCUCUUCCUGAAGACUUGGCUUCUGUGGGUCCUGUUCCCUUAGUGGACAAUAAUUCUCAUAAUGAUAAAGUGUACGGUGAUGCAUUGUUACCUGGUGAAGGGUCUGCUAUGGCUGCUUAUGUCAAAGAAGGUAAACGUAUUCCUCGCCGUGGUGAAAUUGGGUUAUCUGGGGAUCAAAUUGCAGAUUUUGAAAGAGCAGGUUAUGUCAUGAGUGGUAGCAGACAUCAACGUAUGAAUGCUGUCCGUCUUCGUAAAGAAAAUCAAGUCAUUUCUGCAGAAGAAAAGCGUCUGGUUUUACAACAUGCUCAAGAACAAAAGAUUAAGCGAGAGAAUGAAAUCAUUUCUGGCUUUAGAGAAGUGUUGAAUGAAAAGUUCAAGAAGGAAUAAAUAAGCUUGUGUGAUGUAAUAUCAAAAAGGAAAAGAACAACAUGGUCUUGGAAAAAAAAAAAAAAGAUCGUCAUCAUACACGGAUAAAUAAAUACUCUCUCUCUUUUUUAUAUA